CACCAGCCUUCUCCUUUCCCCCUGGAUAACUUGAUCCAGCUGGGCAUCCCGCCUGGCACCAGUUCCAUUCCCUGUUCACUGGGACAGCCUCCAAGUGUGGGAUAAGCUUGGUUUGUCCCUGGUCACUGUGACACAGCCACAGGAGGUGACCACAGGGCUGGGGCACUGAGGUCACCAGCAGCACGGGAGCGAGGAGCCCUGGGCAGGGCUCAUCCCAUGGGGUCAGCUGAUCCUGAUCCCCCCCACCCCCUCAUCCCAGCCAUCCGGAUAUAAAUCCACACCGCAGAGCCCCGUGCUCCGUCUGUGUCACUGCCAUGGGACAGAGCUGCUCCUUUCUUCUGCUCCUCUUCCUCCUGUCCCCGUGGCCCAGAGCCACCGUGGCACUCCUGCAGUACCGCCAUGACUGCGGAGAGUUGGGAAUGCAGCUCCUGGUCUUCCCGCCCCACGGCCGUACUGUCCGCUUCAAGGUUCUGGACGAGUUUGGCUCCCGCUUUGACGUGGCCAACUGCUCCAUCUGCCUCCACUGGCUGAAUUCCAGGGAGGAUGGCUCCGUCAUCUUCUCCUCUGGCUACAAGGGCUGCCAUGUCCUGUUCAAGGAGAACCACUACGUCCUGCGGGUGCAGCUGGAGGAGCUGCUGUCCAGCGGGAUCCCGGUCACCUCCUACGAGAUCAACAUGACCUGCCCCAAGCCAGGUGGCUCUGAGAUGCUCCCAGAUGGAAACCGGGAGACGAGCCGGGACAGCGGAGUCCUGAUCUCCCACACUGGCCUGCACCAGGUCUCUGAGUCCUCCCUUACCCUUACGGGAUCCCACUAUACAUCCCAAGAUCACUUGGAGCAGGUCCACACCGUGGGACACUACCAGCCCAGCUCAGUGCUUCCUGGGAUCCAGCACCAUUCCAGUCCAGCCCACUCGGGGCUUCUGUCCCAGCCUGCUGGGGCUCAUCCUGACACCCAAAUCCAGGGAAGCUUCUUCCGCCCAGCAGUGCAGCCCCCCCAGCCUGGGGGGCAGAGCCAGCCAGGGAUCCUUCGUCCAGUGCUUGUAUCUCAAAACCAUCCCAGUUUGGCGCAUCACGGGGGUCAGACCCAGCCAGGGCACCUGCGUCCAGGGUCUGUAUCCCUAAACCAGCCUGGGAUGGUGCAUCAUGGGGGCCAAAACCAACCAGGGAUUCGCCCAGGGUCUGUAUCCCUAAACCAGCCUGGGAUGGUGCAUCAUGGGGGCCAAAACCAACCAGGGAUUCGCCCAGGGUCUGUAUCCCAAAACCAGCCUGGGGCUCAAAACCAACCGGGGCAACUCCACCCAGGGUUUGUAUACCAAAACCAGCCUGGGGGUCAAAACCAGCCAGGGAUUCGCCCAGGGUCUGUAUCCCAAAACCAGCCUGGGGCUCAAAACCAACCAGGGCAACUCCACCCAGGGUUUGUAUACCAAAACCAGCCUGGGGGUCAAAACCAACCAGGGAUUCGCCCAGGGUCUGUAUCCCAAAAUCAGCCUGGGAUGGUGCAUCACGGGGGUCAAAACCAGCCAGGGAUUCGCCCAGGGUCUGUAUCCCAAAACCAGCCUGGGGCUCAAAACCAACCGGGGCAACUCCGCCCAGGGUUUGUAUACCAAAACCAUCCUGGGGGCCAAAACCAGCCAGGGAUUCGCCCAGGGUCUGUAUCCCACAACCAGCCUGGCUUGACCUCCACCGGUGCCCAGACUCCAGCAGGAUUCCUGCGUCCGGGAGCUCAGCCCCUAAACCAGCUAGGAAUAUCUCGUCCCAGUCAUCACUCCAACUCCCAAACUGGGCUCCCAGGCCACACUGGGCUGCUCCAUCCCGGCCAUCCCAACCCAGCUUUGGUGCACCCAGGACUCUCAUCCUGGCCAGGUUUCAUCAGCCCUGGACUCCAGGCUGAGCCGCAGCCAGGCCUGGGACGCCCUGGGCUGCAGGCCCAGCCUGGAUUGCUGCAUCCUGGGAUUCACUCCCAGCCCAGCCUGCUGCAGUCCACAGCGCUCUUCUACCCCUCGCCAGGGGCAGGAACGCAGCUGACACGGGAGCAGUGCCAGGUGCCGGUGGGCCGGAUGCCGUGCGUGGCUCCACAGGGACGGGAUGCAUGCCUGCAGGCGGGAUGCUGCUACGACGACAUGGACCGGACCACACCCUGUUAUUAUGGGAAUACUGCCACCGUGCAGUGCCUGCUGGAGGGACACUUUGUCCUGGUGGUCCCACGGGGAAUGGUGGCCCUGCCGUACAACCUGGACAGUGUGCGGCUGGCCAGCAGCCAGGCGGGAUGUGAGCCCCGCCACGUGUCUGAGGCCUUCGUCAUGUUCCGCUUCCCGGUCACCCACUGCGGCACCACCGUCCAGGUGAUUGAGGACAUGCUGAUCUAUGAGAACCAGCUGCUCUCCACCAUCGAUGUCCAGGGAUCCCCCCGUGGCUCCAUUACUCGGGACAGCGUCUACAUUCUCCGAGCUCGGUGCAUCUAUAACUCCAGCGAUCUCCUUCCCUUGGGCGUGGAGGUGGCCGUGCCCCCCACAGCCGCCCCCCUGGCCAUGCCGGGUCCGCUGGGGCUCCAGCUGCGGAUUGCCACCGACGAAUCCUACAGCUCCUACCACGCUGUGGGUGACUUCCCCCUGGUGAGGGUGCUCCGGGACCCCAUUUACGUGGAAGUCCGGCUGCUGCAGAAGACGGAUCCCAAUUUGGUGCUGGUGCUGCACCACUGCUGGGCCUCCCCUGGCUCCCACGCCACAUCCCAGCCCCAGUGGCCCAUCCUGGUGGAGGGGUGUCCCUUCCAAGGGGACAAUUACAGGACACGGCUGAUUCCAAUGGGUCCGGCCUCUCCGGAGCUGCCCUUCCCGAGCCACUACCAGCGCUUUGUCAUCUCCACCUUCGCCUUCGUGGAGCCCCCUGGAAUGGCUGUGCUGGAGGGGGAGGUGUACAUCUCCUGCAGCGCCUCCGUGUGCCACCUGGCCCAGCCAGAGCCCUGCCGGCCCUCCUGCCAGCUGGGAGUGCCCUCACGAGCGCGGAGGUCUCCGGAGGACAGGAGGACAGGUGACAGCAUGGGGACAGUCACAUCCCAGGGAUGCCUUGUCUUUCCUGAGGUUCCCAAGAGAGGGGGAACUCAGCAGAGAGGCUGAAGGCUGCAGCCUCUACCUGGAUCCUGUUGGAUGUCUCUGGGAAAGCUGGAAAAAUAAAACCAGUGCAAAG